AUGGCAUCUCUCCUCUCCCGUUUAAAUCCAGUUCCGUAUUUCCCCUCUUACAAGGGCCCUUAUGAGGUCGGUACAAUCGAUCUUGAGAUACCUGUCUCUCAGUUCGUCGACGAAGGACUGUCUCCACCAUGUCCAAGCCACACUGACAUUCCAACAAUUCAAUUUCGAAUCUUCUAUCCGGCUGCAUUGAAAGGCGAGGCUACUGGGAUUCAGGGUGCUAAUUGGGUCCCGUCACCGAGGAAAGAGUAUGUAGCUGCAUACUGUAGAUUUGCGGGUGCUAGUGAAUUUCUAGCAAAUGUUCUUUCCUACAUACCCCGCCAUCUUUACUAUAUCCAAAUCCCCGCUUAUGCCAACCAUAAUAUUCUAGGAUCCCCAUCAAAGUUUCCUGUUGUAGUCUUUUCUCACGGCCUGGGUGGUACAAGGAAUACGUAUUCUUACGUCACAGCUUCCCUCGCCGCCCAUGGCUGCGUCGUAUUUUGUCCUGAACAUAGAGAUGGAAGUGCGCCGGCUACGUUUAUUCGAGAACCGAAAAGGAAAUCCGGCUUGGCUGAACUUCUGAAAAACACCAAGAAUGAAGCACCUAAAAUCGAGGUCGAUGGCAUACCGCAAACGCCAAGUUCAAGCGGGUCGGAUUGCGAGGAAGGGUCCGCUGGGAACAGCUCGCAGGAUGAGAAAGAAAAACAACAAACCGAUGGCAGUGGCGAGAGUAAAGACGAGAAAAACAAGAAGGAUAAAACUCAAAUGUCUAAAGGAAAGGGCGCCACUCGCAGAAGGAUAGAUUAUAUCUCCCAAGCACACGAGAUUUCACCUGUCACGGCCGCAAUUAGGAAUAAACAACUGGAAAUUCGGUUAUGGGAGCUUGGAGUACUCUCUGUCGCGAUUAAAAAACUCGAACAGGGAUGGAGAGAAGAUGAUAUUGAUGAAGAUGUAUACCUCACUGGUGUCAAGAAGGCUAGCGAUACUCACCGUCUACUCAAGAUGUUCGAAGGAAGACUAGAUAUUGCUUCACCUGGAAGCAUAACCUGGACCGGACACUCAUUUGGGGCCGCAACAACAACCCAGUUUGUGAAGAGCUGUUGGUACGCUCCGUUAUUCAAACAGAAUGGUGAUCUAAAAGAACCGCUAUACGUCCCUUCUGAAUAUCUACUACAACAUCUUCAUCCAGACAGAACGAUCGGAAAGGCAUCAAAGGCACCUGGCACUGUGCUAUUGGAUACUUGGUGUUUGCCGCUAUUGGGAGAUAGGACGAGGGUUAUGUGGAAGCUACCUAUUCCAGGACCCACGAUUGGUGUCUUUAGCCAACAGUUUUUCAAGUGGAAAGAGAAUUUGAGAGGAUUCAGACAUGUUAUGAAUCGUCAAGGCGGGGUAUUCGAGAGCGAAUGGUUCAAGGAAGCCCAGGCGGAGGAGGAUCAAGCUCCAACCAUUGCUAUUCCUACGAAAACCGAAGCUAUGAAGGGCGGGGUUCUGCCACAGACCCAGAAACUCCGCAGGGCAUCGAGCCUAGAUGUUACACCUCAGUUACCUAUCGGUUUCCGCCAGGGCGACGAAGCAAAAUUAAACGAAGGAGAAUCCGCGGAUACGGCUAUAUCAGAAAUAGAGGAAGACGCCGAGGCUCUAUCUCUCAAACGAACGCAAAGUAGAAAAUCACAAUUAUCGAUCCCAGGACAACCAGACAGAAGGUUUUAUUAUGUGGCUCAAUCCGCACAUAUGUCACAAAGCGACUUUGGGAUAUUAUUCCCUACUAGUGCAAAAUACUUACUGGGAGUGGAUGACUCGGAGGCUGUGUUAGAUCUAAACGUUAGGGCUAUCACGGAGUUCUUGAGGGAGAGUGGUAAAGAUAUUGCUGGAUAUGGGGAGGGUCAGCGAGACAGUGAGAUUUUCGGAGAUGGGGUGGUUCAGGGAUGGGAAUUAGUGGAUCUAGAGCUGGGAGAAGAGGGUUUGAAAAGGGAGGAAGGUUCAAAGAAAGCUGGAGAGAUAGUGGCAGAAGCCAAAAAGAAGAGCGAAGAGACGAAGCCAGAAUCUAAGGAGGGUGGUGCUAGGCUUUAA